GGGCCAAGAUCAUGGCUGCCGGAGCAGAGGAAACGGUCACUCUUUAUAGAAAGUCAAGGACAUAUCCAGCGGAAACAAGGAUCACCGGUCGCCGAGACGCCAGGAGACGGCGCCAGGGUCCCCGUGUUUCCUCAGGCUCCUUCGCCAGCUCUAGCUCCGGUUCCAGCCGCUCCGACGCCGCCGCCGCGCUUCUACAUCACCCGACUUGCGCCGGUGUUCAGAUCGUCGCAGUUCGUGGGCGCUCCGGGCGGCGUCAACGGCCUGUAUUCGCCCCCGACUACAGAACCUCACACUGGAAUAGGAGGGGGAGCUGCAGUGUUUUCAAGCCCGGUAGCCGAUGAGUGUAUUAAUAUGUGCGAGUUUCGGAACAACUUUGGAGGCUGUGAUCUAAAUGCUACAGAUCAUUACAUCUUCGGAGAUGGCGAUAACACCCAACCUAUGCCGAUGUUCAUGUCGUGGGAGUUCGUGGGCGCUCUGGGCGGUGUCAACGGCCCAGUGAUUAAUAUACUGAGAGCAACUUUUAGAGAAGAUGCAAACAUAACAAAGCUGCGACAUUAUAGGCAUUAUCACCCAAAGCUGCACAGAACUCUGAAGGGACGACACAAUACUCGUAUAGACCUUGAUUCCUAG